UGGCUGCUCGUCGUUGCAUUAAAGCGAAAACAUCUUGUGCUCGGAGUUGCUGUUGGGGCUGUGUAGUGAACGUCAAUGGAGUGCUAAAGUUAAACUUCCCGAAGGAUGUCUGUGGAGGCGGAGUCAUUGCUACAGGAGGUGAAGGAGUGUAUAGAAGCAGCUCAGAACUACAGGAGUGAGCUGCAGCAGAGACUCCAAGGACUCAGCCAGGCACGCAAACAGGUGCGAGGAAGCUCCACUCACACUCGCGAGGUUUUGAAAAGGCAUUUUCAGGAGCUCCAGACGACGCUGAGCCGCUUGCUAAAUGAGCGACUGAACACACUCCUACAGGAAGUGGACACCAUCGAGCAGGACAGCAUCAGUCCACUAGAUGACUGCCAGAAACUCAUUGAACAUGGUGUCAAAAUGGCUGAUGAGCUCCUGCGUGAAGGUGAAGCUGCGAUACGCUGUGGGAUCAGUGACCGAGAAGACAAACUGUGUAGCUUUGCUAAAAAAGCUCUUCACAUCCAACUGGACAGCCUCCCUGAGGUGCCAGCGCUGGUGGACGUGCCGUGCGUGUCGGCACAGUUGGACGACUCGUUGUUGUGCAUGAUGCAGGAGCGAGUGGUGCGUCACGGGAGUGUGUCGUCACACCCGCCUGUACAGAUAGAGGAGCUGGUUGAGAGAGCCGGUGGAGUGUUGGUGCGCUGGAGCAAGGUGGAUGAGGACUUCUUCCCUCAGGAGUACAGACUGCAGUACAGACGGAGUAGCUCCACUCACUACGAGGACGCCUACAUCGGGAGUGAGUGUGAGUUCCUGCUGCUACACCUGGACCCUCACACAGAUUACCUGUUCCGAGUGUGUGCGCGCGGUGAGGGACGCACCGAGUGGAGUCCAUGGAGCGUCCCACAGACCGGAUACACAACACUCACAGCGCAUGAGUGGAGUGCUGGUGUGGACGGCUACAUUCUGAGCAGCAGGAAGAACAUGGCCCUGCGCAGUGACUCGUCGUCGUCAGGCUGCGCGUCUGUUCUUUACUCCAACUCGCCUUCGUACUUCUGCGGACAAACGCUCACCUUCAAGAUUACAGCAGCUGGGCAGAUGGAUAAGCCUGACAGUGUGGGUGUGUGCGUGGAUAAACGCAGCGAAUCAGAAUCUCUGCAGAGGGACCAGGCUGUCUGUAUCUCCACUAAUGGUGCUGUGUUUGUUAACGGGAAAGAAAUGACCAAUCAGCUUCCCGCCGUCACCAUCGGUUCAGCCAUCACCUUCGACAUGGAAGUGGUCAGCGUUUUUCCCGGCAACAACAACAAUCCAAGUGAUGUGAGCAGCUUCAAGCUGCGGGUUACGAUUGGGUCAGGGAACAGGGAGGUGGUUUUUGAUUGGCUGCUCGACCAAGUCGUGGACUGCCUCUUUUUCGGCUGUUCCUUCACACACCCGGGCUGGAAAGUGCUGGUUUUCUGAUGUUUCGCUGAUGUGCUUUCGUUACAUUUGUAUCUUGAUGUCAAAGCUGUUUACAGUGUUUAGUCACACAUACAAUUAAUCACAAAGUAGAGAUGUUUUUACAUUGCUGUCCAGCACUUAGCCACCAUGCUACAUUUUGAACUCCCCCUCACACACACACACACACACACACACACACACACACACACACACACACACACACACACACACCCCUUUUUAUUUGCAACACCAAGCACAUGAUUUAAGUUUUUUUUUUUUUUAAACCAUUUAUUGGUUAGGCUAUUGUGUGACCUGUAGGAGUGAAGCUUGAUUGAGCUGUAACAUUGAGUGGUUUGUCAUUGCCUGGAAUGUGAAGAAAGUUCUUGCCAGGUUAACUGAACAAUGAACAAGAACAAUGACAGAUGCGCUACGUACGUAACCUUUAUUUUGCCAUAGUUGCUAACAUCUUUCAGCUUUUAAGAUGUAACCGUUAGUGAGCCAACAGCUAAUGUUUUACCUGUAAUGCAGAAAAUGACCCUAAGGUGGCAAUCUCGCUAAAGUUACCACAAGAUAUGAUCGGUAGCUAGCUGUCCAAGCUAACCAGAGCCGCCUCCUUACGGAAUUUGGCGUGAUUACCUUGACACGCUGGUCAGCCAUGCCAUCACCUAUAACUGUAUCACGCCCAUGGCUACCUAGACUGUUUAUACGAAGGUACGUCAAUGAAGGUUUCACGCAGCCGACAUGUACGGGUAGAUGCCCAUUUAUUAAGCUACUAUCCUACUUGUCUGUUUCCUGGAAAGCUCACUUUCGACAGAGCUCAGCUCAGAUUACAAAACAAAAACCAAAAAUGAUCAGUUCUAGUUCGCUUCACUGAUGCUAAACAAAAGGGGUCCGUAUACACCGUGUGCUUAUCCAAAGAUAUAACCAGCUUUCUAAUUUUGAACCGGGACGCUCAUUUACUGUUUAAAAAAAAAAUUUAAAAAUUAAUCCAUUUAAUUCAUCCAUUUAAAACUACAGAAGAAAAGAAUUUUAACGUAGACAAGAAUGCAAGAAUCAAAAGAUGGAUAUUAAGAAACGGUUCUAAAGAGAAGUACGACUAAUAAAAAAAAAUGAACAAGGACCUUUAUAUUCUGUUUAUCUGAAUAAGAAUUAAAGGUGAAAUGAAUUAUUUUUCACCGUUAUGGUUUGUGCCUGAAAAGAGUAAGUCAACGUUUGCACUCUUCUCUCAGUAACAGGUGUGUUUGAGGUUUUUUUUUUUUUUUUUUUUUUUUUAUAGAUCAAAAAAAGGUUGUUUAUGUGCAGACGUGAGUUGCAAAGCAUGCUGGUUUGCCACACAAGCUCAGAUGCAGAUCUUUGCGGUUGCUUCCUCUUUUUCUCUCUCUCUUUUUCGCUCACUGCUUUCUUUUUUUUUUUUCCCGGUGAGCUUCUGAAGUAAUAAUAAUUUUCUCCCCAUACUAAUGCUAAUCUCUGGGAUCUGAAACUGGUGCAAAACAAAUGUGAAUGUUGUGUUGCUGUCGGUCGACUGUUGUCCUGUUGUCCCUAAUCUCUAUCUUACUCCUUAAAACAUAGGUCAACAUUGUACACCUCCAUAUGUACAUACCAUUUUUGCAGCCUCGAUUUUACACUUGGGUAAUUAAGAACCUUUUUUUUUAAAUGUGAAAAAUGGUUUUCUUUUGCAUAGUGGCAUUCUUGAUUAGUGGUAAUUAAUUAGUGGUAAUUCACAGCAAAAAAACCCAGCAACAAAGUUUUCCUGACCACUUACUACAAACUGUCUGUUGUCCAAAAACGAAACGAACAAACUUGCUAAAUUACAAUCUUGCUAACGCGCUAGCUGAGAAAAGUACUGCGAUUCCAUUGGUCGUCCCGAUUUGAAUCGGGUUAAACCCGAUUUGAACACACUAGUCAGUGAGUCAGUAUUGGGGUGGGGGGACAGGGACCUCAGUUAUUUAAAAAACGUAUAAAAAGGUACUUAGAUUAUUAUAAUGUUGUUGAACCAGACACGUACAGUAGCACCGUUUAGCAACCUGUGACGGUUCAGAGGAUUUGUAUCUUCUUUGUACCUCAUUUGUGUGUGUGCCUUCUGAAAACACCUGUUCGAGCGCAGGAGAAUAUUUGCCAAUGACUAAUAAACAAAUCAAUUCAA